CCUGCAGCAGCUUCAGGAUCCUGCUGCAUUUCAGCUUUAACUCAGCGAGGAGCCACAGCGAGGAGGUGAGAGGUAAACAUGUAAAACAAGCCCAGCUGAAGGAAAACAUCCAAAACCAGCAGCAGAGGAGUGGAAACAUUAGGAUGGAUAAAACACUAAGUUAACUCAGAACAAGGCGUGAGUCAGUGAGCAGUGGAAAGCUGAAGACAGCCGCCAUGAUCGAUCUGAGUUUCCUGUCAGAGGAGGAGCAGGAGACCAUCCGGUCCGUGCUGAUAAGAGACGCUCAGCUGAAAAAGGCCGAAGAGCAGCGGAUCCAGAACCUCCAGAGGACGGUCAGUGACAGGGACCGGCUGAGGUACAUGACCGGAGAAUGGUUCUACGAGACCAAGCAGCUUCGCCAUGAGGAUCGCAUCCACGGCUCCGACAUCAUCAGGGCGUCCAUGAGACAAACACACAAACCUCUGACUAUAUUGGAGCGCUCCCAGAUUCUGCCCGAGAGGCCCAGUUUUGUCAGCAGUGAAAAUGAAGAAGUGUUCGUCCCACCUGUUCUCUGUGGACUCCUUCAGGAGCCUCGCAGCAAUGAAACGUAUCAAAACCAGAACUUUUAUGAAACACUGCGAGAUAUGGAUAAACCGGAUGUACAGUCGCCCACACGGCAAAGAAAGAAUCCAUUCAACACUGAGAUCAUUGCAAGUGACACGUUUGAGGAAAAAGAGUUAUUGGACGGAGCAUUGGAUCAAACCAAGACACCGCCUGAGGAGCCUUUCCCAUCAUCUGGCAGCUCCAUUUUUUUUGCUAGUGCCCUUAAACAGGACCCCGGAUAUAAUCCGUUCACCCAGAAUGCAUAUGUUCCCAUAAACAGCUCAGUCAGCAACAAUUCUCAGGAGGUAGAUGGGCCAGAAGAUAGGGAGACUAACUUUCCUGUUAGUCCACGUGGCAUCCUCAAGCACUUGUUCACUUAUAGCCCAUUAGACUCCCCGUUCUCUCACCUGGACCCUCAGAGUCCAGUUAGUCUGAACUCUCCUACUGAGACCUGGAAGCAGGUGAGGUUCAGCUCCGUGGUCGGUCAGAGCAGCGUGGAUUGGCACGAUGGGAAGGAGCUUGGAGAGUACAGUGUGCUGGAUGUAGACUCCAUCGCUCCCUUUGAGGUGGAGAAUAAUAGGGACCUUGAGCAUACUGUCAGUACCACUGUUCGAACAGGUAGGCCUUUAGUCCGUCAGAGUAAAGUGGAUUCUCAGGAAGGUGAACAAAUCCUCCAAGAGCAAGAAGCUGGCCAACACCAGGUCCCUGGUGAUGUCUCUGAACACUGUCAAUCGGAGUUCCAAAGCCCAGCAGUGUAUGGACGAAUAUCUCCCGUUCAGGAGUCAGGUAAGCCUGUUCUCCUGGAGACAGAGCCCGAAGACGACUGUCGCUCUCGGGCCGUUAACUGGCCAACCGGACACAUCAUUCAUCACCAAACACUGCCUGAACAAAGCACUGACAUCUCUGAUGAGGCCGCCUCAGAUACCAAGCCGUCAAGCAGCUCAAAAGGUUCGUCUCAUACUGUCUCACCGAAGGCUAGACAAAGACUGCUUGGACUUUUUAGGAGAGAGAAACACAAACCUGCUCAAAAAGAAGAUGUGAAGAUAUCUACGCAGGAAGAACCGGGCAACACCCAGAAUCGCUCCCAAGUUGCUGCAGAUACAACCAAGGACAAACCGGCAAGCGUCGAACAAGAAGCUAAACCCUCUGAGACGAUGGAGGUUCGAACUCUUCAACUCACAGCAUUGCAGAACACUCCGCUUAAAGAAACUGGGACCUCGGUAGAAGCAGAAGCAGAAGCAGACACUCAACUAGAGGCAACAACAGAAGACAGAGUUGUUACAGGGAGACUACACAGUUUGAAAGGUUUCUGGAAGAGGGAAAACCGUGGUCCCAAAAUAUUUACCAGCGAAGAGACAAGGCACAAAGACAUCUUCAAGAUAACACCAGAUUUAGAUUUCCCUCAGACUAACUCUAACGUGGAGAGUAACAACAACAAUGUCUCACCACAAUCUGACAUGUCAGUUAAGGAUACCGAUGGCACAUCCCAAGAAAAUAGUCGCCUCUUUGUAGAUUCAUCUAAAGAAGACGGCACAUAUAGAGCAAAUCCAGUCGUCAUCGACGAAGAGACGGAUGACUCUUUAACGGGUUCAAUAACAGAGUCACAGAUUUAUGAACCCAAGGAAGACUUCAUCACUCCUGUGCCUUCCUCUGUAGCCUUCAACACUCCAAAACAAGAGAGGGGUAUUCCAGUUCCCCUUCCCAGACAGUCCACUUCAAGUCUUGAAGAGGACAAGCCAGCCAAGAUCGAUGAGCUCAAGCAUUUCUGGAAAAAGGAACCCAAGGUAAUUGCUGCAAGAGCCAAGGAAGCCUCAAGGAUUCCAGUACUCAGUGACAAAGUUGUUUCACCUCAGUCUGAUCUGAGGACAUCCUUAGAAAGUAGAGAGAAGUCUGAGGGUGAGGUACAAACCAGGUCUAGUGUUGUCUUGAAAUCAUUAAAAGUGACAGACAAGGGUUUUAUCAGUCCGGAAAGGUCACAUGCGGCUGAUGCAGAGGCUCAAGAAAAGCCCCUCAGUCCUAGUAAAUCUCCAACUCCAACUCCAAGAUUAAAAGACCAGGAAGAUGUGGUCAGGAGGAGUCCAUCUAAGACCUGCCACCCAAGAGUCCUACCUAGAGAAUCCUCCAGUCCUACAAAAUCCAGACUGGAAGGCUCUCCCUUGAAAACCUUUCCAAUAAACAUAAACCCCCAAACUAAGGCCGCUGAAGACCAUCAAGGGAAGGUGACACCAGUGCCAAAACCGAGGAAGACAGGCAGGCAGGAAGCGCUGACGGACGUUAAACCACUCCCUGUCCAUGUAGAGGACAGAGGGGCUUAUUUUGGUGAUGUGAAUACUUCAAGCUUGACUUCACCUCAAUCCAUAAAAGCUUCAGGGAACAAGUUGGGAACUAGCACGCCCCUUGCUAGAUCUUUCAUCCCUCAGGAUUAUCAGCACUACCUCGGGCCACAGGAGAAAGCCCAUGUUCCUCCUUUCCACCAAGACAAAGCUGCUCCUGCAGAGAGUGCUGUAGCACACAGACCACAAAACGCCCUCAGAGACCAUGUGGGGAACCACAGUGACAAUCCCGCCGAGGGGAAUCCUCCCGGAAUCAGUUCUCGGAAAGAUGGAAACUCCAGCCACGACAAAAUGACCUGGUCUCUGCCUCGGGCAAGUUCAGGCAGUCACGAUGAAACUUCUAAUCCCAUCGCGUCAGCUCUGAAACGAUUAUCUUUAAGGAGCAUGUCUUCAUCCAAAAGUGUGGAAAACCUCAUCUCAGAAACAAAUGUAGAGAGGACCCAAAAAAACUCAAGCGACCAAAUGAAUCAAAGUAUGGAUGACGUUUCUUCACUUCCUCCAUCACUCGGUACUUUGUCCAACUCGAAGCAGAUGAAAGCGAGCGCGUCGGUGCCUGCUCUUCAGCACGACGAGACCGACAGUGACAGCACUUUUGAGAACAGCUUGGGCUGCAGAAGAAACACCGGCAGCUCCAUGUCUAACAUCAGUCUUUCUUCGGGAAUGGCCUCCAUGUCGUCUAUCAGCGGCAGCAUCAGCAACAUUUACUUUGGUGACGUUGAAGUCCAGGGAAGCAUCCAGUUUGCAGUGAACUACAUCCAGAAGCUCGGAGAGUUGCACAUCUUUGUGGUGCACUGCAGAGAUCUGGCCGUGGCUGAGACCAAGAAGAACCACUCUGACCCAUAUGUGAAGUGUUACCUCCUUCCAGACAAAACAAAGUUGGGAAAGAGAAAGACCACAGUGAAAAAGAAAACUUUAAACCCGAACUUUAAUGAAAUCCUCAGGUUUAAAGUCUUAAUGGAGGUGUUGAAAACUCAGGAUUUGAACAUCUCAGUGUGGCACAAUGACACUUUUGGGCGGAACAGUUUCCUCGGCGAGGUGGACCUGGAUCUGUCAGAGUGGGACUUCAGUAACACACAGAUAAAUGAAUAUACACUAAAAGCCAGGGUCUCAGCACAAACUUCAGCGCCGUCUCCUUCACAUCUGAUGGACAGCAGAGGACAGAUGAAAGUCGCCCUGAGAUUCCUGCCGCAGACGUCCCACAGUAAGAGAACGUCGAGGAUGGAGACUGGCGAGGUGCAGAUUUGGGUGAAAGACUGCAAGAAUCUUCCUCCAGUCAGAGGAGUCAUCAUCGACCCGUUUGUGAAAUGCACCGUGCUUCCCGACACGAGCCGCAAAAGCCGCCAGAAGACCCGGGUGGUGAAGAGGACAGCCAACCCGAUGUUCAACCACACCAUGGUGUACGACGGCUUCCGGCCAGAGGACCUGAAAGAGGCCUGCGCGGAGAUCACGGUGUGGGAUCACGACCGACUGAACAAUCACUACAUCGGUGGUCUGAGGCUCGGGCUGGGGACAGGCAAGAGUUACGGGACGGAGGUGGUGUGGAUGGAUUCGACGGCAGGUGAAGCAAGUUUGUGGCAGAGGAUGUUGCAGUCUGAUGGAGAAUGGGUGGAGGAUGUUUUGCCUCUGAGAAUGUUUGUGAUGGCAAAGAGCACGUCGAAGUGAGAUCGAGUGUACAGACUACAUGCUUAAUGAGAAAUGUGGAUGUAUCAUUGUAUUAUAAAUUAAAGUACUUUAAUGUGUGUAGUCCAAACGACGUGUUCAGUUUGUGUUCGAGGAUGAAAUCUAAGUUAUAAAACAUGCAAACUGUUUCGAUCUGAGCACUAAUGAUCUGUAUAUAGUCCUGUUCUUCUGUGAUUGUGCAAUUUUAUCUUCAAUAAACGGGAUAUUAAUGUGA